AUGGAUAUUGAAGCAAUCAUAGCGUGGAUUCUAAAAAACCCUCAGCGAUACCCAGGGAUGCAGUCAAGAUCUCAGCCCCGUUCUAACCCGUCUUUAAAACCUCUUGAGCCAGCUUCCCAAAUGCAAUUGAUCUGGAAAGCCACAGUUGAGUACAUCCAUGAAAAACUGUUACAAGGAAAAGGCGUAAACAUCCCAAACUUUGGAGCUUUCACUUUCAGCAUUGAAACUGAGCUCCCAAGGAUUGGGUCCAUCAAUCCCAAUCUCGGAGACAUAAAUGAGCAGCGACUAGAAAGGCAUCAUCUCCAUAAGAAUUAUCCCAUCUUUGUUCCUGAUGCAUCUCUUCAAUAUGUUUUAUCAAGAUAUCAUGGCAAGAACUUCUUAGAAAAACCUGCAAGUCAAAGCUCGAUUUAUCAGAGAGGCUUCCAAAUGAUUUACUGCAACCCAGUGCCGAUCUCUAUGGCAUGCUAUUUAGAAAAAAAUGUAGUCAGAGACACUCAUAAUGCAAUAUUUAAAGCUAUUAAGGAUCUAGCAAAAUUAGGAAGAACUUUGCAUAUUCCAUUUGAUUUUGCAGUCAUUGCUAUUAGCAAUUUGGCUUUGGAUGCAAGAUUUAGCAAAAGUUUUACGAGGCAGGUAAAUGAGAAAGGGUAUGAAUUCAAGAUGAGAAGGUCUGAUGACCCUUGUGCGACGUUUUGGAAGACGACAACGCAGGCGAAGUGGAGACAGUCUACACUCUCUCAUUUGUGGACAGCUCCAAGUCAAGCAAAAACUCAAAAUAUGAACGAAAAAACACUUGCGCUGAAGAUCAUGAGUUUAGAUUUGGCUAGUACGAUAAGGCCCCAUACGACAGCUAAUUAA